CUAAAGAACCACACAGCAGCAAACAUCUCCUUCUCAAACUAGUAAUAUAUACUAUUAUUCAUCCAUUCCAUUCUAUAUAUUUCAUAAUGGGUGUUUUCACAUUCGAGGAUGAAACCACCUCUCCUGUGGCUCCUGCUACCCUUUACAAAGCUCUAGUUACGGAUGCUGACAACGUCAUCCCAAAGGCUGUUGACGCCUUCAGGAGUGUUGAAAACGUUGAGGGAAAUGGUGGCCCCGGAACCAUCAAGAAGAUCACUUUCCUUGAGGAUGGAGAAACCAAGUUUGUGUUGCACAAAAUAGAAGCGAUUGAUGAGGCUAACUUGGGAUAUAGCUAUAGCGUAGUUGGGGGAGAUGGGUUGCCAGACACAGUGGAGAAGAUCACAUUCGAAUGCAAAUUGGCUGCUGGCGCCAACGGAGGGUCUGCUGGGAAGCUAACUGUCAAAUACCAAACCAAAGGAGAUGCUCAGCCCAACCAAGACGACCUCAAAAUUGGCAAAGCCAAGUCUGAUGCUCUUUUCAAGGCCGUUGAGGCUUACCUUUUGGCCCAUCCUGAUUACAACUGAUCCUCUUCAUCACUAUUCAGUCAGCAACGACCUUGCUUUAUAUUAUAUACAAGAGUUUUCUUGCCUUGUGUGGAGCUUUAUCCAAUCACUGUGUGUGGUGUGUGCUUAAGUUAAAAACUUGCCUUCCAAUUAAUGUAACGAGUGUUUCCUUUCUCAUUUCCUUUUGCCACAGAAUUGUGAGAGUCAGUUGAUAUCUUUGUAUGUGACUUCAAUAAAUUUUAAUAAAAGAAAGCAUCAUUUAAACUUUU